UCCAUUUUGGUUUCUAAUUUUUUGGCAUGGAUUAAAGAAUGAAAGAGAAAUAAAUUCAAAUUUUUAGUUUGUAAAAAUAUGAUGACUCGAUUUGAAUGUAUAAAACUUGUGAAAGGUUAGACGAAAUCUUCAGUUCUAGAUACGAGUUCAAUCAGUCAAGAUGUUCAAAUUGUGUGUUGCUAUUGUUGUAUUCGGGUGCUUGGCCACUCUUAUUGAAGGUCAAGCUCGUCCUUCCUACUACCAACAACAACAAUACAACCAACUUCGUCAACCUUACUACCAACAAAACCGAUACCAACCAGGAUAUUUGCAAGGAGGUCGUUUCGGACAACAACAAAGACCCGGCUACUACAAUCCCAAUUCUUACAACAAGAACUAUUUGAACAACUACUACAAUCGUCCUUCAGCAGCUUUUGUACCUCUUGGGGCUAUCUCAAAUGAAGGUUUAGCUAAAACUGUUGUUGAACAGAACGAUAUUCGUCCUGAUGGAUCCUACGAGUACGUCUACGAGACUGAGAAUGGAAUUCGUGGUGAAGAACGCAAUAUCCCAAAAUCGCUGAAAUCUGGCGAAACUUCCUCAAAUACUGAAGGAUCUUACGGAUAUACUUCCCCUGAAGGUCUCAGGGUUUUGGUCAAUUACGUAGCCGAUGAAGAAGGUUUCCGUCCAGUUCUUUCUUAUUCCGGAAAUGGUGCUGAACAAUUCAUCAACAGUCCGGAACCAAGCUCAGUUAUCAUCAACAAGAAGCCUUAAGUUAAUUCUUUUGAAAUGAUAACAAAAUACCUCAUAAAUCCAUCAGACACAUCCUUUUCGUUGUACCUCAGCAAAAAAAAACCAAUAUUUCAAUCAAGUUCUUUUUAAAUUAUAAG